UGUAGGCGAAAUGGGAGAGAAACCAACAAAACCAAAUGUGUAGUCGUCAGCAUCUCCGCUUCGAGUAAUCUGAUCUUUCGGAGACGGGCGCACGGUCCUUCUGUCCGGUCAACGUCACCGCGUUGCCACCGUUGCUUUUACGCGCAGAUAGAAAAGGGAUUUGAUGCUUUGGGACCAUUCUCAGGACGUUUGGAUGAAUGAGAGCUGGUCUAAUUUUGUUUGUGGACCGGAUUUACCAAAUAUAGUCAAUGCAUUAUUAGAAAUCUGUUGACGUUGCAGUAGGCCUAAUCCACGAUUAGAACCCUGUGAUGUUGCCAAAGUUUAAAAUAAAAGCUAUAUCCAAUUCGACCUAAUGGAGUAGGCCCACAGCUAUGUGCAUUUGAUGCCAGAUCUUUAGUGGAAGAGGCGAUCUUAUUUUGUAUCAAACCCAGAAGCACCUCGAGGAGGAGCGGCAGAUCUUCACAUCCUGCGGUGGAUAUCAGCCCAGAUUACCAUUUUUACACGUUUUUCUAUUUUUCCUAAAUAUUCAAGAAUGACUUCCGCGAAUCCUUCCAAGCGUGCACAUUGCACGCCGGCUUGGUGUCUUUCUACGUAUGUUCUGGUGCUUGCCCUUGCCUCGGGCUGCUCCGGACACAGUUCUUCAAGCGACUCGGAGGCAUCCCCUGUCAACCUCCGCACCCUGAUCACGGGUACCUUCAAAGACAUCCGUCAUGACGUGGAGAACGUUGUGGGAACCAAUGUGAUCCAAUCCACAAUCGAGCGUGUCGCGUUGUAUCUAGAGUCAAUGCUUGGUCAGGACAACUUCUAUACCGUGGCAAUGUUUGUGGAGAUGGUCAUCCGAUUCCUGGCCGAAGGCGCAGCCAGCGGCCUGAAUGUCAUCGCUGUUUACGUCACAGAAAUUCUCAGGGUCACAGGGAUUCAUGUCCCGCUCUCCUUACCCCGCUUCACCCCCGAGGGCGUGGCCUCGGUGGCCCAGUGGGGGCUGCUGGCUCUGAUUGGCUACUGGCUGCUGACGGUGAUCCUGCGACUCUUCAUCGGCCUCUUGCGGCAGGUCUUCUGGAUCCUGAAGACGGUCGCCGCGCUCUGGCUCUUCGGCCUGAUCGUGAGCGACGCGCAGGCCGGCACCGACACCACAGCCAUCCGAUUGGCCGGCCUGGUGCUAGGCUGUGCGCUGCUGGGCGUGGCCUUCCCCAGCUCCGAAAAGACUGUGGGGGUGGAGGGGCGCCUGGGUCAGCUGGAGGGCCGGGUGAGGGCGUUGGAGGGGAGGAAGGGGGAGGACUAGAGCCAGCUGCUGGGGCGGUGGGGGUAGGGUGGGGGAGGACGGGUGGACGGUUAAGUUAUCGGUAUUAUUGGUUUUUUUUUGGGUCUGUGUAUGUGCGUGCGUGUGUGUUGGAUAAUUAUUGGUAAUAAAGUGUUUGAAGGGGA